AUGAACGACUCGGGCGAUGAUUCACACUCAGAUCCAGAAAUGAGACAGGCUCUCCGGCUGAGCCGCGAAGAAUACUAUAGUGAACGGUCGAAAGGGCGAAUUGCAAAUAGCUUCUCACAUCCACCAUCCUCAUCCCAGUCACCAUCAAAACCAGCAAGUUCCUCGGCUAGUCGUCGCGUUCCUGUCAUCUCGGGCGCCAGCAGUGCCCCAGGUGCGAUCUUGAAUGCAUGGGAAGCACGGUCGAGACCUGCCGCCAGCUCAUCGCAGCCCUCAAGAGACCAUGGACAACUUCAGGCCGUACCAUCCCCACAAGAUCGGUUGAAUAUGCGCAGAGACACGCCCAUAGACCUAACGGACGACAGCAGCGCCCAUAACUCGACUGAGGUAAGAACGGCCGGAUCGAGACAGAGACACUUUCAACAGGUAGGCUUCCUCGACCAUCAGCUCGGUGGUGUGGGACGUGGUCGGAAAGAACCAAUCAGCGAUACCAUUGAGGGUGAGCUUUCAGAAAGCAAGGACUUCGUGCAAGUAUUGGUCGGGCCUGACCAAGAAGUCUACAACCUGCAAAUAUCGUGUCUGUGGGACCGUCCAUACUUCAGAGACUCCAAGCAGGGCCUCCUCCUGAUCGACCACAAUGACGCCGGGAUGUGGGAGCUCAAACACCCUGCUCUUGUCGACAUUAACCCCGAAGACUUCACAUUCAUCGCAGAAUACCUAGAAAGUGAUGGAUUUGGUCAUCGGAACCCGCAAGAGGGUGAGGAAGCGAACGAAGCCUUUGCACAAUGUGUUGCGGCGUGGAUCACUGCGGAGAAAUUAGGCAUGUGGGACAUGCUGGAGCAUGUCGCUGAGAAGCUGAAGGACAUAAAGCCGGGGAAGUUGGAGAUGUUGGUGUUCUGUCGACAUGUUUACGCACAGGACACAACAUCAAUCUCCCACGAAUAUCUUAAGGGUCAUUUAGCCGUAUACAUUGCGGACAAAUUCUGGGAAUACCUCAGGGACGACUACUUGAGGUCAAACUUCAUUGAGGUACUGCAACACUUCCCAGAGUUGCAGCAAGACGUUUACGAGCGGAGGAUUCUGGCGCUGAAAAAAUGCGUUGAUCAGAGUCAAGAAGAUAGCGAUACUGACAUGGACUGA